AUGUCUCUGAAGCAGGAAAUCGAGACCUGGGUGGCAGCCCUGAACCACUACGACAACAACGAGUUCGACGAGGCAUUAAAGGCAUUCGAUGGAAUCUCCGACACAUCCAAGAUUCUGUUCAACUGCGGCGUUAUUCACGCCACGCUUGGAGAGCAUGAGAAGGCGGUCGACUGUUACCAGCGCGCUGUGCGGCUGGACCAGUAUCUUGCCGUCGCCUACUUCCAGCAGGGCGUGUCGAAUUUCCUCAUGGGCGAUUUCGAAGAAGCGCUUGCCAACUUCAACGAUACGCUUCUCUACCUCCGCGGCAACAACAACAUCGACUAUGAACAAUUGGGUCUGAAAUUCAAGCUAUAUUCGUGCGAGGUGCUCUUCAACCGCGGUCUCUGCUACAUCUACCUCCAGCAGAAGGAUGCGGGUGUGCAGGAUCUGUCCUUCGCAGCCAAGGAGAAGGUCGUUCCCGACCAUGACGUGAUUGACGAGGCUAUCAGGGAGGAGGCAGAGGGCUACACAGUCUUCUCCAUUCCCGUCGGCAUCGUCUACCGCCCCAAUGAAGCGAAGGUCAAGAACUUGAAGACAAAGGACUACCUCGGGAAGGCUCGUCUCGUUGCAGCUUCCGACAGGCAAAAUGCAUUUACUGGGUUCGCCGGCUCAGAGAUCAAGAAGAUGGCCAACGCAGCCAAGGACGACCGACCGGAAGACAAACUUUCCUACGCCGCCACAAAUCUCGUCAAGCCUGAGCUCCAGAGCAGGGUCCGGCAGCAAUCUGAGCCGCCCAUGACCCGCAAUAUGUUCCCGCCGACGCCGCCUCCCGAGUCCGACAACAGGAGAUCUGCUGGCGAGAAAGGGGGACAAAUGUCCCGCGCUCAGUCUGUCCGCGGCGGUGGACCCAAGCCUCAACCCCUCAAUCUUGGUCGCGCCGCAUUUGAUCAGAAGGAUGACAGGCGAGAUGACGCCCCACCGCAGCGCAGGGGCACUCAGCGAUCGGCUUCGGAGCGGCCACCGAACCGCUCCAAUACCAUGCGCAUGCGGGAUAUGGACCGCCGCGACCGAGACAGGCCCCGUCGCCGUGGAUCUGAUGAUGAUGUUGAUGACUACGCUGACGAUGUAUACGACAUGUACCAGCCCCGUUCGAAUCGCCCCUCUUACAGCCGCUCCCGGCAAGGAAAGACUUCAAGACCCGCAUAUAUCGACGAAGAGGAGGAAGACGAUUUCGACGGCAGCGAUGUCGAUGACGGCGAAUUCGAAAUGGUGUCCCGCUCAAAGACUAGGAGACGAUCCCCCACUCGCUCCGCCACCUCAAGCCGCAGCGGCGGUAACGUAGGCGGCAAGAUCCGGGUGAAGGUGCACGCUGGCGAUACGCGCUACGUCUUCAUAACCCCGAACACGUCGAUGCGCGAAUUCGUCCAGUCUAUCCGCGAGAAGUUUGGCGUCCGCCAGAACUUCAAGGUCGAAAUCAAGGACGACGGCGACAUGAUCACCAUGGCGGACGAAGACGACCUGGACAUGGCGAUCCAAACGGCGCGGCAAAUGGCCCGCAAGGAAGGUGGUGACGUAGCGAAGAUGGAGGUAUGGCUCACCUUUGUCCCAUCCUCUGCCCAAAACAAAUACCCGCCCUCCAACCCUCCCCUCACCCCCAGCAUCGAAAUCUCCGAAUACUAG